UCCACUCUCGUGCCGUGACUUCUUCCUCCCACUUUUUAAACCUCUCCAACCCUAACUCUCUCCUUCAAUCCCAUAUUUUCUCACACUCACACCGUCGUCGCCGUCACCGUUGCUACUCCUCACGUCGCCACCGUCGUCCCUCCUCACUGUAGACGCCGCUGCCUCCGCUUUCUUCACAGCUGCCACGAGCCCAAAGACGAGAGCAUCGCAUCGUCUUCCUCGGGCCAAAAUCGACUCCGUUUCCUGGAGUUGGACUAUUUGUGAUGACUCGCAUUGGUCGGGUUUUCCGGAUCGUCUCCGCUAGCCCUGACCCUGCUCUCCUCUUCUUCUCUUCGCGUUACUCUUCCUCCUCACCUCGAGCAACCGCGCGUCUUCUCCGUGUCGGCGACGUGCUCAGGGAGUCUAGGCGGUUCUCUGAGUCGGAUGUGGCACGCUUCUCCGAAAUCAGUGGCGACCACAACCCCAUCCACCUGGACGACGGCUUCGCACGAGAUAUCGGCUGCUUCGACCGCGGCCGCGUCGUCCAUGGAAUGCUCGUCGCUUCGCUAUUCUCUUCCAUCAUCGCUUCGCAUGUCCCAGGAUCUGUAUAUGUUUCUCAGACUCUAAAAUUUAUUUCGCCAGUCUACAUUGGUGAUGAGGUUCUCGCUGAAGUGGAAGCAACAUACUUGCGGGAACACAAGAAAAGAUACAUUGUGAAGUUUACUUCAAAAUGUUCAACAAACGGUGGGGGUUCUCUUGUUAUUGGUGGUGAAACGACAGCUAUUUUACCUACACUGAUAUUACUGGACAGGAAGAAUUUGGACUGACUGAUAGGAAAUUGAAUGCUGCAUAGGUCCUACAAAUUCUUAAACGACUUGUCAAGCAUCUGUAAGUGGGCAUGCAAGCCUUAUUAAGGCGCACGUCUCAUCUGCAGGUAUAAAUUCUUGCAAAAUCCUGGGAUCAAAUAUACUCUGCAUUAACCAUUUUACAGCUUGUUCCAGCAAGAAGUUUGUUUCGUUUGUCUUUCACACGAAUUUAGUGGAUGCGGAACUUUACUGUAUCCAUAAUUAUUGUCAAUUACUGAUCGGACACGAUCACCUGCAGGCAGGCAGGCAGGCUGCUAGCAGUAAGACAAAUUAAAUUUGAUUAUGCAUUUAUGUUAAUGAAGUCGUGGCUGGUAGGUAACCUUAAAAAAAACGAUGUUUGUACAGAAGCAUUCAAACCAAGGACAUGCAUGAAACACGAACUGUUAACAUUUGGAAAAUAUUUUCAUCAGUUGAUUUGCUCUAGUAUGUAUGUAUCCUAAGUCAUCAAAACCAUUGGUACUUUUUAUUUAUUGAUCCAGAAUACGUGGGGAGCCGGAGCCGGAGCCGGAGCCGGAGCCGGAGCCGGAGUCACUGAUCAGGAUAAGACUCGCUUCGUAAGUUGAAACCAAGGAGACGACUUUGGUAAGAAAAGAUAAGUUUGGGAUAGGGAUGCAAACGAAUGGAAUCAGGUGGAAUAAUAUGAAAAUAUUAA